AUGGCGCCGCUGAAGCUGUACGGGAUGCCGCUGUCGCCCAACGUGGUGCGCGUGGCCACCGUGCUCAACGAGAAGGGCCUCGACUUCGAAAUCAUCCCCGUCGACCUCACCACCGGCGCCCACAAGCAGCCCGACUUCCUCGCCCUCAACCCCUUCGGCCAGAUCCCGGCUCUCGUCGACGGAGACGAAGUCCUCUACGAGUCCCGUGCCAUCAACCGGUACAUCGCGACCAAGUACGCGUCGUCGGGCGCGGCCCUGCUCCCGGCGACGCCGUCGGCGAAGCUGGAGGUGUGGCUGGAGGUGGAGUCGCACCACUUCUACCCGAACGCGUCGCCGCUGGUGUUCCAGCUCGUCUUCAGGCCGAUCUUUGGCGGGGCCCCGGACCCGGUGGUGGUGGACAAGCACGCGCACGAGCUCGCCAAGGUGCUCGACGUCUACGAGGCGCACCUCGCGCAGAACAAGUACCUCGCCGGGGACCAGUUCACGCUCGCCGACGCCAACCACGCGUCCUACCUGCUCUACCUCACCAAGACCCCCAAGGCCGGGCUCGUGAACGACCGCCCCCAUGUGAAGGCCUGGUGGGAGGACAUCGCCGCCCGCCCCGCGUUCCAGAAGACCGCCGCCGCCCUCCCCUUGCCCCCGCCGCCCUCCGCUUGA